CCUUUUUUUCUUAAACAAAAAUAGAAUUUCAUUGAUUAGCAAUUUAAUUUAAGUGAACAAUUAACAACAACAAUUGAUUAGGUGAAAACUUGAUGAGAAAAUUACAAUUAAAUUGAAAGAAAAAAUUGAUUGAAGAUAAAUUGGUCUUCUUUUAAAAUGUCAACAUGAGAAAAAUAUUCUCACUUUGAAGGUUAGAAUUUUUUUUCAAAUUCUGCGCUUUCAUGUGGCUCCAUCUCUUGUUUGGGUUUAGAAUUUUCGACUCUUCUCUUUGGUUGAAUUUGGAAAUUUUUUCUUUUUUUUUAUUGAUAAAUUAAGUUGAAGAAUUUUAUUUGCUUGUUGAGUUGACAAUUCCCAUUUUUUUUUACUCUUUUUUGAGAUUUUUUUUCUUGUGACUUAUUAGUGUUUAAAUGUCGCAAAUACCACAGGAAACACCAUGGCCUUGUUUCUAUGUUUGGCAACAAAUUCCAGCUGAUGGAGGUAAUAUUGUCGCAACUCAAGCAACCGCAGCUUCAGCGGCAGCAGCAGCAGCAGGAGGAGGAAUAGUACAAACAGCGGUGCCCACAGCGGUUAAUCCUAAUGUGAUCAUGGCUGCUGAUGCUGGUGGGGCCAUGCAACAAACUGAAAGAAUUCCCAUUCAAGCAACACCUGAGAUGUGUGAUGAAGAACCAUUAUACGUAAAUGCCAAACAAUAUCAUAGAAUAUUAAUUAGACGUCAAGCUCGCGCCAAACUGGAAGCUGAAGGUAAAAUACCUGCGACCCGAAGAAAAUAUCUUCAUGAAUCAAGACACAAACAUGCCAUGAAUCGAGUUAGAGGCGAAGGUGGAAGAUUUAAACAAGGUGGUAACAACAAAGUUUAACUAAUUAUUUAUAAAUAGUAUAUAAAUUCACAUAUUAUAUUUUUGCUUCUCUCUCUCUCUCUACCUCUAUCUCUAUGUCUUUUUCCACAUCUAAGAUCUGUGUUUAACCUAAUCUUUUUUCGCCUCUUCUCUCUCUCUAUCUCUUACUCAUACCUUAUUUUUUACUCCAUUUGGAAAUCUACAAUUAGAGAAGAAAACAACUUCUCUACCUUUGUUUCCCUUUUUUCUCAAUAAAAACAUCACUAAUUUAAUGAAUGAA